CUGUCAAGCUGGUCACCACCAGUUACCAAACGUGAAACUUGGAACACAAAUGUAGACUCCCACGCCCAUACCUCCCUCUUAUCCCUAUCCUUAAAAUCUCACACAUCACCUCCACCCCACUACACCGAGAAUUUCUCCCUGUGUUGAAAAGCUGCAAAAGUUGUCUUGAAUCACAGCAAAAUCUAUUACACCUCUUACCCGCCCCCCUUAACUCUUUCCUCCUUUUUUCCCCUUUUACUCCACUCCUAUAAGCACACGCUUCCAUGAGCAGUCCUCUUAAUUGAGACUCUUGAAUCAGAGCCCUCAUGAGAAGGCAAUCUCUAAACUUCCUGCAAACCCGCCAUAACUUUUUCUCCUUUCUUCCAUCAAGAUAGUCCUCGGUGGUGUUUCAGUACCACCUCUAGCCUCCUUUUCUUUCUUUCAUUCCCUCGCAUUAACAUAUCUCUCUCUUCAUGGCCAAACCACAAUCUCACGCUCUCUUCCUGUUUCUGCUGCUGCUUCUUGUCAAUGCAUGCCAUCCCUCCCACCAAAACCAAAACAAGAUAAGCCUCAACGAUCUCGCGGCUCUAGCAGCCAUAAAAGACAGCCUUACGGACAUUCCAGGCUCAAACUUCUUCUCCACCUGGGACUUCACCUCACCAGAUCCCUGCUCCACCUUCUCUGGCAUUACUUGCUCUCUCAACCGAGUCACCAUCCUCACACUCGGCACUGGUCUCUCUAGCACACCUGGACUGGCUGGUUUCCUCUCCCCUUCCCUCUCCAACCUCACAGAAUUAACCCAACUCAUCCUCUACCCCGGCAUCGUCACCGGUCCUAUCCCUCCUCAACUGGGUCGACUCAGCAACCUCCGAGUCCUCUCAUUAACCAACAAUCGGUUAAAAGGUCCCAUUCCCAGUUCAUUGUCCUCACUCCCCAACCUGCACACUCUCGAUCUGAGUUACAACCAGCUCACCGGGUCAAUCCCGGCAGGUCUCUUCAUCGAGUUGGCCCAGUUGAAAGUCAUGAUUCUGGCUUCAAACCAGUUAUCCGGCGAGUUGCCAAGAAUGGUGUCAGCAGAGAUUCUGCAUUUAGAUUUGAAAGACAACAAAUUAACAGGGACAUUGCCGUUAAGGCUGCCGUCAACGAUCCGUUACUUGUCAGCAUCGAAGAACAUGAUGGGGGGCCCACUCAACGGCCUACAAUCGUUAUCGGAGUUAGAGUUUCUCGACUUAAGCAUGAACCAAUUCAGUGGGCCCAUACCUUCCUCUCUCCUGAGGCCCACUCUCUCUUCCUUGUUUUUGCAACGGAACAAUUUAUCGGGUGGAGUCCCAUCACCGUCACCACCACCAUCAUCAAUGUACGGUGAGGGGUCGAUCGUGGACCUGAGCCACAAUUUCCUGACUGGUGACUUGUCACCGGUUCUGGCUGCGGUGGAGACAUUGUUCUUGAAUAACAACCAUCUGAUGGGUAGGGUUCCUGAGGAGUACGUGAAGAGCGUGUAUGGAGGCAGCACAAAAACACUGUACUUGCAACAUAAUUACAUAACAGGGUUUCCGUUGGAAGCGGGUCUGGCAUUGCCUGAUACGUUGUCGUUAUGCUUGACGUAUAACUGCAUGGUUCCGUCUGUGGGGUUGAUGGGGUGUCCCGCCAGUGCCGGUGGGCAGCUAUCGAGGCCACGGUCACAAUGUGUGGUGUUCAACCAUGGAAGGCCUAUACCUUAACAAUAAUAACAUUGAUUGAUGAUCAUCAAAUCAUACA